AAAAUGAAGUCUCUUGGUUUCGCUCUACUCGGUUUGCUCUGCUGCACGGUGCUGGCAUGGGCUGAGGAUACGGCUAUUCAAGAUCCUCCAAUUCCGCCGCAGAACGAAACAGAGGCUCUGCCAAUAAUAAACCUUUUUACGUAUGUCGAUACAGAAGCACUUGCAGAUGCAAACUAUGGCUUAAGUCUGUAUAAGAUGAAUUGGUUUCAGGCUGAGCAAUAUUGUGCUUCUCAGGAAUUCACCCUCGCCAGCAUUCCAUCAUCUACUGAACAGGCGGCAAUAAUGGCAUUUAUUCGAGCCAAAGUCGACCCGUUUAUUUUGCCGACACUUAAUUCGGAACCAAUUUGGACCUCGGGCACAAAUCAGGCAGCAGUCAGCCAGUAUACGUGGCAUAGCUCGGGAGCCCGUGUGAGCUAUAACAAUUUCCAGAAUACUCCAAGAACCAACACCAACUAUUGCAUGACCCUAAAUGGAAUGAUUGGCCAAUGGAGCACCGAUAACUGUAGAACUGAGCAUUACUUUUUGUGUCAAAAGAAAUGCCCGUCACCAGCCACUACACCUGACGAUAAUUUGGAUUGAUUGGCUAAUGGAACACCGAUAACUGUAGAACUGAGCAUUACUUUUUGUGUCAAAAGAAAUGCCCGUCAACAGCCGGCGCAGGAGGCUAAUUCACAAUUACUCUAUCAUCCUUAGAUUUUGGUGAUGGAAAAUUGAAAAAUAUAUUAAACUAAAUAUUUGCAUUCAAAAA